GAUUCAGCAAGCAGGAAAUGAAGCCUAUAUUUUAGCGCUCUCUUUCUUCAGUGUACCUUCAGUAGGAGCAGCCUGUGUCUGUUUUCUAGAAUUGCUCGGUCUCGACAGCCUCAAACUCAGGGUUGAUAUUAAAGUUGCAAACAUAAUUUUCAGUUACAGAACUAGAAAUGAAGAAUCUCAGCACAAUCAAAUAAGAGAAUCUUUGGUUGAAAAGUUAACCAAAUUGGCUGACGGUGAAAAAGCAGCAGCAGCAGAAGUUCUUAUCUCCUUAGAAGAAGCCUUUUGGGAUGCAGUUGAGCAUCAAGGAAUAAAGAAGACAUCUAGUGACUCUAGAAGGCAGUGGUCUUUGGUAAUGCAGUUCUGUAAACUCCAUAAUAUCGGACUGAGCACAUCGUACCUAAAGGAAUGUGCCAAAUCCAAUGACUGGCUGCAGUUCAUCAUCCAAACCCAGCUGUACAGCUACCAGCCAGAUGAGGUCAUUUCUAUCCUUCAAGAUUUCACUCCCGUUUUACAAGAUCACUUGAUGUUGGCGUUGGAGAAGUUGCCAUUUUUGCGUCCUGAUGCAGGGAGUCCUGAAAACAGUGCUGCCAGCGUGUUCAAGAGCAAAUAUGCAGAUAGUCUUUUUCAAAUCCUUUUUCAAUGUCAGGGGAACUCCAACCCUUCAUGUUACCUUCUGACUGAAGGAUUGAGAGAGCAUGCUCCCAUUCUGAGUGUUUUAGCAGCAUGUUUCCAAGAUGCAAACAUUGUUCAUUGUCUCUGUGUUUGGAUGAUUACUACUGUGGAUGAUACUACCAGAGCUGAAGCAACAAGCCAUAUUCGAAGCUCAGCAGAAAAUCACGAAUGGGAUCUUCACGACCUAUCAGUUAUCUGGAAAGUCUUUUUAAGAAAGCAAAAAAGUAAAACACUUCUAAAUGGCUUCCAGCUCUUUUUAAAGGAUUCCCCUUUACUGUAUAUAUUGGAGAUGUAUGAACUAUGUAUGAACUGUAAAAAAUACAAUGAAGCUAAAACCAAACUGGACAAGUUUCAGGAAAGUCUCACAAAACUCAAAACUGAAGAUGAACCAGCAGCUUCAGAAUUACCUGUGCAAUGGUUGGAAUCACAAGCAUUGGUUCUUCUUGACUUGAUGAUGCAGCAAUGUAGAACGGAAUAUGAAUUAGGAAAGCUCCUACAGCUGUUUGCUGCAGCAGAUAAUCUUCUACUCAAUGGCCCUUAUGUGAAGAAACUCUAUGCACUCAGUGAGACCCUGAAGGAUUCCUCCAUACCAAUUAAUCGCUCCACCCUAACCAGUUACAAUAUGGAGACAUUUCAGAGUCAGUGCAGAUCAAUUCUGGAGCAGCUACAAGAGAAGGGAAUGUUCUCACUGGCUCGGGAAGUAGCAGCGCUAGCUGAAUUGCCCGUGGACAACGUAGUUACCCAAGAGGUGCUAAGAGAUCUACGUCAUUUAAGGGACAUUGGACAGUGGUAUCAAAACCAGACAAGAAUUGAAUUCUGGAAAAAAUGUAAUGACAACUUCAUGAAAAAUUCAAUCUCCAGCGAAGCAGCAUCUGAUUUUUUUUUUAAUCAGGCAAACACAGUAUUUGAAUCUUUAGCUCAUGAGAAGAUAAACAGCAUUAUGGAGAGACAUUUGCUGCUUCCCCUAGCUGGCCAUUGGCUAGCCAAGAAUGACUCGGUGUCACUGCACAAAUUAGAAGAAAUAGAGAAGCAGAUCUGGAUUUGUCGCAUCACACAACAAACGUUAUCCACAGAUGAGGGGUCAGGCAAGUCGAGAUUUUCCUCCCAUGUUGUAGUGAACAGGGAUCUUACCUUCGAUAGCUUAGCUAAGGAGUUUUCUUUUUCAAAGCUACCUGCUCUGAACACACCAAAGUACUUAAAACUAGAGGGUCUUGCUUUCAGAGAGUCUCAACAGACCUUGACUAAUGAGGAGGAGGAAUCACUCAAGUUUCUGAUCGGAUGCCUUCUUGAUGAAGGAAGUGUGCAUGAAGCCAGCCGUGUUUGUCACUAUUUCCAUUUCUACAACAGAGAUGUGUCCGUGGUAUUGCAUUGCAGAGCUCUGGCCUCAGGGGAGGCUGAUCUAGACAAAUUGCACACAGAUAUUCAGACUCUCCUUGUAGCAAGAGAGAAGACAUGUGAAAGCAGUGCACCUCCGCCAAGCAGAGUCCCAAGUGCAUCAAGCUUAGAAGACUGGACACACAUCGUGGCUCCAUCUCCAGAUGAUCAGGUUGUUAUCAGUUUGAAGGCUCUCAUAGAUGAAUGUGUCCAUGGAAGAAACUACUGCAGACAGGUUCUCUGUUUAUAUGAACUUUCUAAGGAAUUGAACUGCUCCUACAGUGAAAUGUCAGCCCAAGACCCUGAAAAAGUGCUUCGAGCAAUUUUGUCAUCCCAUCAGCCGGACAGAUGCAGGAAAGCUCAGGCAUUCAUCACCACGCAGGGUCUCCAGCCUGAAACUGUGGCAGAGCUAGUGGCUGAAGAACUCAUGCAGGAAUUAUUGGCGUCUUCAGAAGGGAAAG